AGUUUACCAAAUUGUGACCAAUUUAUAUUAUUUAUUUAGUCAUAUUCAUAUUUCAUAAGUUAUUCUGUCUAUAUAUUGAAUAUGGGCCAGGGCAAAAGUCAAUUUUCGGAAGAAGAACUUCAAGAUUACGAAGACCUUACAUAUUUCACUAAGAAGGAAGUUUUGUACGCUCAUCAGAAAUUUAAAGCUCUAGCACCAGAAAAAGUUGGGCAUAAUAAAAAUGCUAAACUGCCAAUGGCAAAGAUUCUGCAGUAUCCAGAACUAAGGGUUAAUCCAUUUAGAGACCGUAUAUGCAAAGUGUUUAGCUCCAGUAAUGAUGGUGAUUGUACAUUUGAAGACUUUCUGGACAUGAUGUCUGUGUUUAGUGACACAGCUCCUAAGGCAGUAAAAGCUGAACAUGCUUUCAGGAUAUUUGAUUUUGAUGGUGAUGACAUGAUAGGUGUUUCCGAUUUACGUGAAGUAAUCAAUCGGCUUUGUGGACCAGAGCACAAGUUAACCGACUCUGAAAUACAACAACUUGUUCAAAAUGUGUUAGAAGAGGCAGAUCUGGAUGAUGAUGGUGCACUCUCUUUUGCAGAAUUUGAGCAUAUCAUAGACAAGAGCUCAGACUUUUGUCAGUAAGUAACAAAAGGGAAUAUUUACUAGAAAUAAGAUUUACCAGACAACAUAUUUAUAUACAUAAUUUUCUUGCUAAGUAGUAUAUAGUAUAUAAUAGUGUAUAAUAGUUCUUGCUAGUAAGUAUUUAACAUGAGUCAUGCUGCACCUGCAGCUGUGUUAUGGCUGCAGCAUAAAUAUAUUGGCUCGACUGGAUAAAGGCCACACUCUCAUAGAAUACCAACAUAAAAGAAGUAUAAUGUUUCUUGAACAUUUAAUCUUAGUCCAUCGGGGGAAACAGUGUAUCAGCAUUUUGAUUUUUUUAUUGAUGAUAGAUGUAGGUGGCAAUUUAUCACAGCAUCCACUUACCAACAGGUGGUUACCAGGCCUUAUUGGUUUGAACAUAAGGGUGCUGUCAAUCACGCAAUUAUUAUAUAAAUUGUUAGCUUUGGGUUUCUAUGCAUUGUGACUACAUUCUACCCUAUCUGCAAUCUUAUUGCAUAACUGUCAAAUUAGGUAAGAAUAAAUUAGGAUGCCGUGUAAUGGCAGUUAGGAAUAUCCACUACCCCAUAUCUUCCCGUGGGAGUCGUAAAAGGCGACAAAGGGAAAAAGGCAGGAGAUGGGCAGCAGCAUCUUCCUGGUAACGGCAAAAAUACAAUAAAAAAACUGCGGUUGCCAACCCGCUCGCAAAGCGUGGCAACUAUGGCAAUAUACCCCCCAUGAUGAAAGUUACGAAGAGACGGCCCCCAGUCCCCGGCGGCCCCGCUAUUCCUGGCUACGGUGGCGACCAUGGUAACGGCGGGGCAGGGGGUGCUAAGAAUCUCCGGUGGAGGUUCGGUUGCCACCUACGACGACUCGACCUGGCAACAUACAACGCACGCACCCUGAGCACUGACGAGAAGAUUGUGGAGCUGGAAGAAGAGAUAGACAAGUUACGCUGGCAUAUUAUAGGAUUAUCCGAAGUCCGAAGAGAGGGGGAGGACACGGUAAUCCUCGAUUCCGGCAACUUGCUAUAUUACCGGGAGGGCGACCAUCUGUCCCAAGGAGGUGUCAGAUUUAUCAUCCACAAGUCUCUCGUUAACAACGUUGUAAAGAUUGAGAGUGUGUCGACGAGGGUUGCGUACCUUAUACUCAGAAUCAUCUAACGGUAUUCGCUGAAGGUCAUACAGGUUUACGCACCAACCUCGGCACACCCCAAUCAGGAGGUGGAGGAAAUGUAUGAGGAUAUCUCUAGAGCCAUGCAUUCCUCCAAAACCCAAUAUACGGUGUUAAUGGGAGACUUCAAUGCAAAACUAGGCACAAGAGAGAACGUUGAGCUGAAAGUGGGGAAAUUUGGAAUAGGGCAACGGAACCCAAGGGGCCAGCAGCUGGCCGACUUCAUGGAGAAAGAGGGACUCUUUAUGAUGAACUCUUUCUUCCAGAAGCGGCCCUGGAAGGAAGUGAACCUGGUCGAGCCCCGACGGUUCGACAAAAAAUGAGAUUGACUUCAUUAUCACGACCAGACGACAACUGUUCAUUGAUGUCUCAGUGAUCGCGAGGGUGAAAAUCGGCAGCGAUCACCGAAUGGUUAGAGGCACACUGAACCUAAACGUUAAGUUGGAGAGGUCUCGUCUAAUGAAGUCAACGCUCCGUCCCCCUCGUGCUCUAAUCCGAAGUCCCGAAACCUUUCAGCUCGAGUUACAAAACCGUUUUCAGUGCCUGACAAGCUCGUGGAAACUGUCCAUGCGUUCGGAGCUAAGUUCUGCAAGACCCGCCGCAGAAGAACACAAAAACUCUCCGAUCACACUCUUAAUCUCUUGGCUGUUAGACGGGAGAUGAAGCUACAUUCUUCAACAGAUUUGACAGCAUACAGGCAACUGAACAUACAGAUCUCCAAAUGGAUGCGGCGGGACUUACGCCACUUCAAUACAGCUCGUAUUGAAGAAGCGAUCGAGCGGAACCAAGGCUCCAAAGUCUUUGCCAGAGAUCUGUCUGCCAGAAAGAGCCAACUGUCAAAGCUGAAGACCGAAUGUGGCAGCAUCGUUUCCGGGGCACCUGAGAUUUUGAGUGAGAUUGAGAGGUUCUAUGGGCAGCUGUACACGUCAUCGUUGGAGCCGCACGCAAGUGUGAGUAAUGAUCCAAGAGCGAGUCUUAUCCGACAUUAUUCCGAUGAUAUCCCGGACGUCAGUCUGAGCGAGAUUAGAAUGGCUCUCCAGCACCUUAAAAACGGCAAGGCCUCAGGCGAGGAUGGAAUUACAGCGGAGCUUCUGAAAGCGGGUGGAAAACCGGUACAACCGGUACCGGUGAAGUCCUUCAGAAGCUCUUUAAUUCCGUCCUCCAAGGUGGCAUUACACCGGAGGCGUGGAGCAGAAGUGCGGUGGUCUUGUUCUUCAAGAAAGGCGACAACGCUCUCUUGAAGAACUACAGACUGAUUUCCCUCCUGAGCCGCGUCUACGUGCUGUUUUCGAGAGUCAUUACGAAUCGUCUCGCGCGCAGACUUGACGACUUCCAGCCUCCCGAACAAGCCGGUUUCCGAAAAGGCUUUAGCACCAUAGACCACAUACAUACCCUCCGGCAAAUUGUACAGAAGUCCGAGGAGUACAAUUUGCCACUAUGUCUGGCGUAUGUGGACUAUGAGAAAGCCUUUGAUUCCGUCGAAAUUUGGGCGAUGCUGCAGUCCCUUCAGCGAUGCCAAGUUGACUGUCGGUAUAUCGAAGUUUUGAAGUGCUUGUACAGUAGGGCUAAGAUGGCUAUCCGAGUACAGAACUAGAGUACGAAACCUAUCCAAUUGCAGAGAGGUGUAAGACAGGGUGACGUCAUAUCCCUGAAACUCUACCGCUGCAUUGGAAGAUGUUUUCAAGCUUCUGGACUGGAAAGGAUACGGUAUGAACAUCAAUGGCAAGUACAUCACUCACCUUCGAUUUGCCGACGAUAUAGUCCUUAUGGCAGAAUCGCUGGAGGACCUAAGCACUAUGCUCAAUGACCUCAAUAGUGUUUCCCAACGGAUAGGUCUUAAGAUGAACAUGGACAAAACAAAGAUCAUGUUUAAUGUCCAUGUCACACCUAUGCCGGUAGUUGUUGGGAACACUAAGCUCGAAGUUGUUGACGAGUAUGUUUACCUGGGACAAAUAGUCCGACUAGGUAAGUCCAACUUCGAACGAGAGGUCAAUCGACGGAUUCAAUUCGUUUGGGCAGCAUUCGGGAAAUUACGGCACAUCUCGUCAGGUAUACCUCAAAACUUGAUAACGUAUACCUCAAAACUUGAUAACGUAUACCUCAAAACUUGAUAACGAGACUGUACACCCAGUGCGUGUUGCCAGUGAUGACAUACGGAACAGAGACGUGAUCCUUCACUGCUGGCCGGAUGAGGAAGCUCAAGGUCGCUCAGCGAGCUAUGGAGAGGGCUAUGCUCGGAGUUUCUCUGCGUGAUAAACUCAGAAAUGAGGAUAUCCGCAGUAGAACCAGAGUGACCGACAUAGCCCAACGGAUUAGUAAGUUGAAGUGGCAAUGGGCCGGCCAUAUAGCUCGAAGAACCGUCAACCGAUGGGGAAGAAAGGUUCUCGAGUGGCAGCCUCAUACCGGCAGGCGAAGUGUAGGGUGUCCCCCCACUAGAUGGAGUGACAAACUGGUAAGAUAUGCAGGAAGUCGAUGGAUGCAGGUGGCUCAGGACCGUGCUUUGUGGCAUUCUUUGGGGGAGGCCUAUGUUCAGCAGUGGACUUGUGAAGGGCUGUAAUGAUGAUGAUGAGAUUAGGAUGAGGAUGAGUAUUAUCUGUUGUGCAGUAUUAUCGUCACCAUGAUUGAAAUGGACCAAUAGGACAUUUAUAUAAAAUACACACAGAUAGUUUAAAGUAGCAAGUGUCUAUAAUAUAUACUGAUUGCACAUUUGCAAUAUAAUCCAAUGGAUCCUUUUUGUAGUAAAUUAUUUAUUGUUAAAUAAAAUUUAUUAAUAAUAUUUCAUUUUUCAGCUCAUUCCGCAUUAGACUGUGAAAGAAAAAUAUAUGUACUCCCAAGUAAUAGCAAAAUAUCUUACAUGUAACAUUAACAUAAUCUAAUAAUUAAGCAAUACAAUUUUGAUAAGAAUUAUUGUUAUUAGCAGGUGGUUUAUGUAAAAAAAAAACUUAUUAUAUAUGAGUCUAUGUUUGAGUCACUGCCAUUUUAUAAAUAAUUCAAAUAUUCGUUCCUUUAAUUUUUUAAUUUUAAAAUUUAAUUCAAUUAUUCUUUUCAAAAAUAUUGCUUAUUUUAUCAUAAGUAUUUGCGGUUAUAUUGUGUGAAAAUAUGCUUAUGAAACCAAAAUUUGUUUUGAUGCUUAACUUGUUUUAUUGUUCAGUUACUGUUAUUAUAAAAUAUUUUAGAGGAAUCUAGAAUCUUUUUAGGAUAAAAGUGUUCAUUGCAGAUGUGACUUUAUUACAAAAGAAAACUCUAGUAAAUAACUCAAUCUUGAUAUUAUUAUAUUAACAAUACUCACUCAUUUUAAAUGUAUCAUUAUAAAUAUUAUUGAAGUCAGUGUCUCUCAAACGUUUGUUGUUGUGUUGUGUUAUUGGCUGUUUUGUGACAAAAUAUUGCUUUAUCGCCUAAUAUACAUAUUUUCUAAUUAGACAUGUGUCAAUCUUAAAAUAUUUGGUUGUAUGACCCUGGUUGCAUUAAGGAUUAAUGAUUGCAAUAUCUAAUAAUCAUUAAUGAUUGCAAAUAUAAUAAUCUUUUGAAUGAUCCAGAACAAACAACUAUUCAAACAUGAACUAUUUUAAAAUGUGAUAUGUGAUUGACUUUUUUUUCACAAAUUGUGUAUGUAAUAGCAUUACGUCAAUAGACUUUUUACUAUUAAUAAAAAAAAGUAAUUAUAGCUUCAUCCUGUACUAUUAUUAUAAGGCUGAAAAAUUUGUAUAUGAGUUUAAGAUAAUCAUGAAAGUUUCCAUAAUAAUCUUGUAUGGAUAUAUAUAUAUUAUACCUACAAGACUGUUUUAUCCCUCAUGGUACAUGUAUUUUAGAUACAAAAGCAUUUUCAUUAUUAAGUACAUAGUGAAUAUUAUUCAAAAUAUAAAUCUUAUCACAGUGUAAAAGUUCUCAAUAUUAUGCAAUGAUUAUACAAAUAGUAAAAUGAAGUAUUUAUUUGUGUUCAAUCAAAAGCAAAUGACCUGUGUUCACAAAUGACAAAACCAUGCGGAAGUCACAGAUUACUGCAACCCAAAAUAAUCCAUGUGAAUGAUCAACCCAAAUGACUUAGUUCAUAUGGUGAGAAAUGAAUGAUUGGCUAAAAAUGAAGAAUUGACACAUGUCUUUUUCUACUUAUUAAUUUAUAUUCUUAGAAACUCAUUGAUGAUUUUGAGCAUUUAUUGUUAUUUACCUUAUAUAGUAUUAUGACACCUAUUCUUUCUAAUAAUAUAUUUUAAUCAUAUUAAAAAUGACAUUAUGUUUAUAAUCUAAGUAAACAAUAGUAUUUAAUUUCUUAUUCUUAAAGACAAAAUAAUGUAAUUGCGUUUGUACAUAUAGCACCUAUUAUUGAUAUGAUUUUUUUUAUAGAUCUAUUUUGCUUAGUUGUAUUAUAUCUUACUUGAAUUUGUAAUUUGUUUACUUUUUAAUAGGAAAAGUAAUAAUAUUGAAUUUAAAUGAUCUGGAUUUACAUUACUUACUAAUAUCUUUUGUAAAAUAUAUGGUAGUGGUGUGUUAGCAAAGAAUAGAUAAAAGUACAAGUAUAGGUAGGUACUAAGUAGUAACAUACUUCACUACUUGUGUAUUUGCAUUGUAAUAUAUAUGCAUUUAAGUUAUUGUAUU